AUGUCUUACCUAAUCAUAGACUGUAUUAUUCUUUUACUACAGACUGCUGUUAUCACCUGCGACGGCCUCAUACUGCUCAUGUUUUUCAAAUCCAAGCAGUUGUACCGAAGCACAGCUCACCGGCUGAUGUUGCUGAUGGCCAUUACCGACGUUUUACAUGCUCUCACUACUUUACCUUAUACGAUCUACAUGACCAUCUUUUGUGCAACUGAACCUAUAAAUCUCGAUCCUUACUUUAUGAUGUUUUCCAGCACUCCCUUGAUCAUUCAGUUGAAGAUCAAGCUGACUUUGACGGCAGCAGUGGCAUUACAGAGGACAUUGGCACUUGGCAUCAUUAUAGUAUUCUUCAUGUUUAUGGUUCUCUUCAAAUUGCAAGUGAUUGGAAAGAGGCCAAAAUCGUCUACAGCAUAUUUUGCCCGGAGAACGAACAGAUACGCACAGGCAAGCCGUACAUCUGUUGGAAUUCUCCUUACUACUGUGCUCUUCUUGACUUUGCCAAGCAUAGGCGCCGGAUUUAUGGAAAUGAUAGAUUAUUCUAUAUUCAAAAGAGUAGGACCAUUUUAUACUGUUGGUCUACUUUGUGCAGCAACCAGCAAUGCUAUAGUUCAUAUGACAUUGGAUCGUGACCUAAGAAUGCUACUCAAUAGAUUCGUUACGUGCAGUUCAACUGCACAGAAUAGAGUUCUUCCUUCUACAGUGAAUACACAAGCAGUUGAUUGA